AUGGAAUUUGCUGAACCCGGCGACUUGGUUUUCUUCGAAAAAAGAGUUUCGAAAGAGUUUGUGGACGCUGUCGCGGCGUCUGGAAACUCGAAUUUGGUGCAUGUCGGUAUAAUUUCCUCGAGAGGGACUCUUGUCCACGCCACUCCUGAUGGAGUCUUGGAGCAAAAGUUGGAAGAAACUGCCGAGGAAACGGAAAAUGCCGUUCUGGAAGUGGUUAGAGUGGACUUGGACAGGAAAGAGAAGAUGUUGGCCGAGGAAAUCGCCAGAAGCAAGGUCGGACUUCCGUACAACGACGUCUUCAGCGCGAAUUGCAAGAAUUCGAAGAACGAGGAGGCUUAUUACUGUAGUCAGAUUGUCACGGAAGCUUAUCAACAUGCUGAUAUGCGGUGGCCAUCUCAUCAGUUGAACUUCCAAAACGAAGACGGAAGUUUCAUUGAGUACUGGGUGCAGUACUACAAGGAAAGAGGUGUUCAAAUUCCACAAGGCGAUCCGGGAUCCCAUCCGGCUCAACUCCGUAAAUCGCCUUUGUUGCAGUCGGUGAUGACCUUCGCCAAGAAGCCGUUCGGAGCGUUUCUCGGCGACGGAAUUCUGGAGUUCGGCCAUUGGGUCAACGGGAAACCGAGCAAUUUCGCGUCGUCGCACACUUUUCCGGUCAUCGAGCCCAGAAGUGGUUGGUUUUUUUCCGUUUGAACCUCGUGAGCAGUUUUAUAAUGCAAAUUCGUUUUUAUUAUCAUUGUAUUUGGAGGUUUUGUGAUAAGGGUAGAAGUAUAUCUUACAAGGAAAGUCAUUUUUCUUUGGGGUUCGUAAUUCUUGAAAAUUGGCCAGAACAUACCAUGGAGUACCAGAAAAAGGUUCUGAGAGUGUGAACCUACAAAACUUUCUAGUUUCUGAAAAAAGGGUUCAAAGCACCGAAUAGGGCCUAAUUAAGGCAUAGGGGCAGUAAAAAAUGGGGUUUCAGGUGAAAGCAUUAUCAUAUAUAGUUUUUCAUUGCGAAUCGAACUGUAAUAUCAAAAAAAUUACAGAUGUGACAACUUGAGAAAAAAGAGCGAUUUUACUUUCCCGCCUGUAAUUUUGAAAAAUGCUUUGGAUCGGUAUGCAGAAAACUGUUUACAGUAGCCGUGCACGCCAUGUUGCGGACGUCUCAUUAGACUCGCAUUUUGGGAGAAAUAACCGGAUAUCUGCUUCAAAUCAAAGGUUUCUUCUCUGAAAAAUCGAUUAAGAAAGCAGAAAACACACUUGAUAAUAAAGAAAACACAAAUAAUCGCUAUCCCAAUCGAAACCUGUGUAAAAUCAUCAUUUUUCACCAAAGAAGCAUUUUUGCGAUCAAAGUUUGCAAAUCAUACAUGAAUAGAAAGCUUUCGUGACGGAAAGAACUUUGGUGACAACAGAAAAAAUUGAAAUUUGAAAGAAACGAAGAAAAAAGCGAAAAUCCGAAAAAUGGCGAAGCCUGUUGUCCAGAGAGCAACUUUACUGCAAAACGCCCUUUUCGCGGGAACUCAAGCUUUCCUUUCUCUGACUUUGAAUUAUUUUUUCUCUGAAACUAGGAACUUCUGUGCGUUUCCAAGUUCACCGUUUGAUUCGCAAUGAAAAGCUCUACAAAGAACUGUGUCUUUUGUCAAAGACUAGAAAAAUUAGGCAGGUCGAAACUUUCAGAAUCUUUAUCUGGUACAUUGAGGAGCGUUCUAAUCGAUUUCAAGGAUAAUCCCGAAUGCAAAGAAAAAUGAGCCCUGAACUUCCUAGUGAAGUCUAUAAAAUAAAUCUUUAUUCAAGGCAAAACCUUGGCGACCUGGAAUGCCGCCACGCCGGAGCAAGUCAAAAACGUCGUGGAUAUUGCCAAAAAAGCUCAAACCGGCUGGGGGAAGACGACGUGGCUGGAACGGAGCGAGGUUCUGCGGAAAACGGCCGAACUUCUCCGGAGCAACUGCGAGGAAAUCGCCAAAUGGGAGUGUCUGGACAACGGGAAGCCAAUUUAUGAGGCCCGGGCCGACGUUUUGAGCUGCGUCGACACGUUCAUCUUCUACUCCGGUGUCGGUGAGGAAUCAAACAUUUUUGCCGAAGAUUUCGACGUUUUUCAUUCCCGAAGAGUAUUGUAUAGGAAAGUCCGCAUUCUCAUUCAUUUUAUGUACAUAAGUUUUUGAAAUACUGUAUCUCCAGACAGGCUUGUGUGAGGGCCGGCCCGUCAACUUCUCAACCCCCAGCCACUUCCCAAGCCCGGCCCAAAAAACUCAAAUUCUCUUCAAGUCGAAUUUUUGGCUUUUUUAACGAGAAAAGGGGUAUUUUUGCUUAUUUUUUCUCAUAGAUUUAUUAGAAACUAUGAUUCAACAAGUAAAAAUAAUUUUUCCGUAAAAUUUUUUCAAAGUGAAAUUUGAGAUUUCUUUCGAAGCCCGGCCUGGCCCGAGCCCGCAUAGGCUUUUCUUAUAAUUUUAGGCCCAAAGCCCGGGCCAGGCCGGCCUGACGCACAAGCCUGUCUCCAGAAGAUUGCCGAUAAGACCAUUACAUUUCUGUUCCUAACAAUCUUGAAAAUUGAAAAAUGAAAAUUCAUUUUGAAUUCUUCGAUCCGCCUAAUCGUGAAUAGAACUUGAAAACUUCAGGAAACUUUUUUUUGAUAACCUUUAAUCUCAGAAAAACCCUGGGCAGGUGUGAGGAGGGUGAAUGCAAUCUAUAAAAAGCCUUGAGAAGGUCAUGAGAGUGUUCAGAAGGUAGCUGGAAGGACCUAGAAAAACGAAAAUUUCGAAAUUCCGCGCAGCCUGCCAGAGGUCUUUCAGCAGGUUUCUGGGAGACUUUUGGCAGGUACGUAAAUGGUCACUAAAGAUCACUGCCUAGUCAGUCGCGAGAGAAAAACGGUGGCGGUACAUCGACGAUAUCGCAAAUGGACCGCAUUGAAACAUUUUGAAAAUGCGAUAUCGCGCCGAGAAAACGCGACAAAGAAAUGCAAGACCGGUUUUCGCGAUGUCGUAACGUACCGCUAGCGACAUCGCUUAAAUCUCGGCAGUUAUUCUUAGUGUUAGGAAGCUGUGUGAAUACCAGUUGUUGAAAAGCUUUCAAAUGCCUAAGGUAUCAGAAAACAAAAGUUCCCAAGACCUUCCCAGUACCUUCCAAACACCUUCCCGGGAUUUACCUGAGAACUGACUCGAACUACUCAACUGCUGACAAUUUCUCUCUCAGCCCACGGCCUUCUCGGCCACCACAUCCCUCUGGACGGCCCUCGUUUCGCCUACACGAAACGGCUUCCGAUGGGCGUCGUGGCCUGCAUCGGGGCCUGGAACUACCCGAUCCAGACCUGCACCUGGAAAACGGCGCCUGCCCUGGCCUGCGGCAACGCCGUCGUCUACAAACCGAGCCCUCUUUGUCCCGUUUCUGCCCUGAUUUUGGGACAGAUCCUCAAGUCGGCUGGUCUUCCGGAUGGCGUUUUCAGCGUCGUUCAGGUUUGAACUCAUUAAAAACAGUCUAGAAAACUGGGAAGAAGCUUUUUUCUUCAUCUUCUUGACUAUCUACCGGACUAAUAUUUCGAAAAAAUUGCUUGAUUUACUCAACUUUCCAUUUCUUGUGGCGCAUAGAAGGGCUCAAGGCGUAGCGGUUUUAAAACGACUGGAUUGAGGGGUCUCCGACUCGAAACGACUUGCGCUCUGAAUCAUCGAAAAAUUUAAAAAUGAGCUUUAAUGAGCUAAAAAUUUUUUACGUCAUAGUCGACUACAUCUAUGAAUAAAACAAAGAAAAUGAUUGAUUGAACUGUCGACGCGACCGCGACGCUUUGAGCCAUUCCAAAUGCGACUUCGACGGCGUUUCAAGUCAGAGGCAAUGACUCAGAACUCAACAUGAACCAUUUUUCAAUAAAAACUAGAAAAAUUACCAUUUCAGGGUGAUGCCGACGUCGCCCGCGCUUUGAUAGAAAAUGAAAACGUCUCAAAAGUUUCAUUCACUGGGAGUAUUCCCACUGGAAAGAAGAUCAUGCAGGUAAACUUUUAUUAUUUUUAUUUUUGAUCAUGUUCUUGCUUCUCUAAAAAAUUUUCCUGUUCUCAGGUCUUUAUAAGUUCACAAUCAUUUAAUUUCUGUAUUUUACUUCUUAACCGCAAUGCGAAAUGACCCAUUCAGAGGAUUCUUUGUUCAAAACGUUGGCAAGUUCGGAAAUUGGAAAAAGAUAAUUUCAGGCUUGCGCUGGCCGUAACAUCAAGCCGGUGACAAUGGAACUUGGCGGAAAAUCCUCACUAAUAAUUUUCGAAGACGCCGACAUCGACAGCGCCGUCGCCUGCGCCAUGAUGGCCAACUUCUUCAGUCAGGGACAAGUUUGCUCCAACGCCAGCAAGGUUUUAUUAGUGGAAUAGAGUUUAGGGUCUGACUUCUAAGCCCCUAAAGUUUAUAGGGGGAAGAAUUUCCCUAUGUGGGCUUAGGGUUUGAUAAGCCUUCCCAGGCCAACUCACUCGCCUUGCCAAUCGCCCUGUGGAUCUCCAGAGCCCACGGACGACUGACUCUGGAAAAGGAAUUGGUAGAGGAGUCCGUCGUCCUUGGGCUCUCGAGAUCCACAGGGCGAUCGGCAAGGCAAGUGAGUUGGGCUGGUCACGAGGCGAGAUAUGAAGACCAGUGUAAUCAGACCUUUAUAUAGAGGAUUUAUCUUCCACGUGAUCUAUUAUUAACAUUCCUUUCUAAAUACUCAGCAGUUCAAUGAAAAUUAAUCGAAUAAUCCAUUGCAGAUAAUAUGAGAUUUUUGCAUGGAAAUGUUUUUUAUCGUAGAGUUCAUAAAAAUGGAGUUGCCCUCAGAAUAGAGAACCUUCACACGGCGUUUUUGAGUGAAAGAAAAUGCAAAACUAAAAUUAAGGGGGCGUGGUCAAAACCUCCGCCUGUGUUACGUCAUGGGAAAAACGCGUAAACAACAGGAAAUAUUAAAAGCGCAUAAAUGAGUCAUGAAACGAUUCUAUUUCUCCUUUAAAAAGAACGCGUUUUUUCUGUUUCAUUACUUUUAAACACAUACUUUCUACUUCAUUAUUUUUAAACACGUUGAAAGAAAUUCCGCGAAAUUCUAAACAGCCACGAGAUAGUAAAAAAUAUAACGUAGUUCCAGAAGUUGAGAUAAGAUUUAUAAUUCCGCGAAAAAUAUUUUGAACGUGGCAUGUGUGAGAGCGCCGAGGUGCAUGCACACGACACACUACACUUUACGGAAAAAAUAUGGGUGGGGCGUCGCCAAAAAAAAAAAACGCCGUGUUCAAGAACCCCAUAGGGACCAUCCUGGCGUCUCAAAAAGUGCCUUGAAAGAGAAAAAUUUUCAAAAGUCAAAAGUUUUCAUUUCGAUACAGUGAACAGUGCAAAAAUGCCAAAAAAACGUAUCAACGGAAUUUUUUUCGCGCACAUGAAAAUAUUUUUUUAUAUCAGUAACACUUAAAAUAAAUCUUAUUCCGAAUUGUUUGAGCAGCUUUAACUUGUUUUAUCAAUACUUUUUUUGAAAUCGAGGUUUUUCGGCACACGAAAGUGUGCUGGAAGAGUUUUCCAAGCGACUUUUGGAAAAGACGAGAGUCGAAGAGUCGUUCAAAAAAAGCUUCUUGAGUAUAAAAUUUGUAUAAAAUAUGCAUUUCUCUACAUUGACACGUUUGGAAUCAAUUGCGGGGAGAAAAAAUCGGUUUGAAAUUGAAAGUUCUGAUGUUAGGGGACCAAUCGAAUCUGCUUUCUUUUACCUUAUUUUUGUUCUUUUUUAGCAACUGUAAAUUCAUAUAACCGAUGAAUUUUCAAAUUAACAGUCCUGGUGGACAAAAUUGUGCUGGAAGAGUUUUCGAACGCGCUACCUUUUUGCUCAUAACUUUUUUCUUAGUAAGCCUUUUUUUCUAAAAACGGAACGGUUUAUGAAUAUAGAUAAUCUCCUCUACCGAACUUUGAGAGAAAACAUAUAUUUUAGAACAUUUUGAAAAAAGGCCUGCGAUCCCUAAACAUGGAAAAGAAGAAGUUUUUCGAAAUCGCGGAAAAAUUUGAUUGAUUUACCUUCCUUAAACCGUAUUUUUUCAUUUUCAGCAGCUGUAUAUCCAUGUAACCAAGACUUUUUUAAUCCAAGGUCUUGGUGCACAAAAAUACACUGGAAAAGCUUUCCAAGCGACUUUUGGGGGAGACAAAAAUCUGAAAGCCUUCGAAAAAACUUAAUGAAUGAGAAAAAAAUUGUUAAAUAUGCGUUUCUCUACAUUAAAACGUUUGAAAUGAAUAUGUAAAAUAAAAUAGUUCGAAAGGGAUAAGUUAGCGUGCGGAGUUUUUUUUUCCUAGAGUCAAAUAUUUCCCAGCUUAAGUGUCCUAAAAAUACUUUAAAAAUCGAUUUUCAAGGUUCAGGUCCACGAAAUUGAGUAUUCCAAUUGGCUUUUGGAGGAGACAAAAAUCUUUAACCAAGACUUUUUUGAAUCCAAGGUCUUGGUGCACAAAAAUACACUGGAAAAGCUUUCCAAGCGACUUUUGGAGAAGACGAAAAAUCUGAAUAUUGUCAAAAAUAAGGUUUUUCGUAGGAAUAAUGGUCAAAAUAUGCAUUUUUCUACGGUUAACUGUUCCGGAUCAAUAUGGAAAACUAAUAAUAAUUAUUUUAUUCUUUUUAGAAGCUGUAAAGUCAUGUAAUCAACACAAGUUUAAAUUGUAGGUCCUGGUGCACAAAAGUGUGCUGGAAGAGUUUUCCAAGCGACUUCUGGAGAAGACAAAAAAUCUGAAAGUCGGAGAUCCGAUGGACGAAUCCACACGAGUCGGGGCUCACGUUUCGGCUGCACAUAGGGACAAAGUAGAGUCUUAUAUCCAAGGUUUUUUUAAUUCAAUAAAAACUUAAUUUCAAUGUUCCAGGAGCCAUUUCUCAAAAAGCCAGAGUGCUCUACGGCGGCGAACGAGUGAAAGUUCCCGGUUUGGAAGACGGAUUUUAUCUUUCUCCGUGCAUUUUGACUGAUAUUCGCAAGGAUAUGACCGUCUACAAGUUAGUGGAUCCUCAAGUGGAUUGAAUUCAAAGCUGUCGUUUCAAAAAAAGCUAAAAAAAGCCAGUCUUUUUGAAGCCUAGAUGAAAAAAUUGGAUUAAAAAAAAAUCACAAAAUUUGUUAUCAAUUUAAAAAAUAAGCAAAAAAAAAGAAAUUUCAAUGAUAAAAUUCUGGACGCUUUCAAGCAGUCUAUCUUAAGAUAUAAGCUAUUUUUUUCAAACUUGAGAAGGACUUUUUAAGAAAAUAACGAUUUUAAUAAUUUCAAGAAAAUGUCUGUGGAGAUCUGAUUGAUGGGCUUUUUAGUGAAGAAAUCUUCGGCUCGGUCCUUCUCUUGAUACCUUUCGAAACCGAAGAAGAAGCGCUGGAAAUGGCGAAUGAUACGAAAAUGGGACUCGCGGCAGGUUUUGUCACGAGGUCCGUGAUUUAUUCUUAUAAAAAAUUACCUUAAUUUUUAAUCAUUUUUUUAAAUUCUCAAUUUGUUAAGAGAUUUGAGCCGUGCUCACCGUGUUGCUGACUGUCUUCACGCUGGAAAUGUCUACGUCAAUACUUUCAAUGACGUUUGUAAGUUUUUUUUAUCAGUUAAGGCGCAUAAAGUGAGGGAAUUUUAAUUUUAAUCUUUUUUUUCUUUGAAAUGAUUCACUGAAAAAAUAGCAAAAUUCAACAUUUAACAUUCUCGCAAAUUUCUAGCACAUAUGAGGCCCUAAAGGUCGGAAAGUUAGAGAGCAUGCAACUUGUAGAGAGACCCAGACGCGCAAAUAUGUCUCAUGGUGUCUAAUUUUCCACUCUUUACAUGCUCUCUAGCUUCUGAGACCGUGAUUUUCCGCCAUUUCCUGGAAUUAAAAGGAGAAAAAAACCGGCUCUAAAUUCAUUAGUUUCGAUUUUAAUAAGGUUUUUAAAGCAUAUUCAGAUAGGAAAGAUAGGGAAGUACAAAUUUCAGCGUAGAAAAAGACUGAUUGAAAUACUUUUUUUCAGUAAAAACCUAUUUUGAAUUUAUAUCAUACAGUCUCUGCUUCAAUUUUUUUUCCCCCACGAAAACCUUCGAAAUAUCCCUUUUCAGCUUCCCUAGUUCCAUUCGGAGGCUUCGGCGAGUCUGGUUUCGGACGUGAGAACGGCCUGGCCGUCUUGGAGCAUUACACCCAGCUCAAAUCGGUCUUCGUCAACCCCUCAACUUGUGAAAAUCCAUUCUAA